AGCAGACACUUCACUGGAAGCAGAGCCACAUUACAGUUGGACAGUGCGGAAAACCCCCCACUUUUUUUCUUUUAAGUGGCAAACCAAAGAUUGACAGCGCAGGGGUUUUUGGGGUUAAUUUUUUCAUCUUUUUGAUUAUACUGUCACUAUGUCCAGAGUUGCCAGCCUGUCAAAACUGCGGCAGGAGAGAAUGAAGGAGAUCAACACGCGGAAUAAAGAGAGGGAGUGCAUGAGGGAGCGGGAGAAGGCGGCCCGGGAGAGGGAGUCCCGUUACAACAACGGUCACCUCUUCACCUCCCUCACAGUGUCGGGAACCACGCUAUGCUCUGCGUGCAACAAGAGCAUCACGGCCAAGGAGGCGCUCUGCUGUCCCACAUGCAAUGUGACUAUCCACAACCGCUGCAGGGACACGUUACCAAACUGUGCCAAAGUCAAACAGCGGCAGCAGAAGACAGUGCUCAUGCGGAACAACUCAUCCUUGCAGAAUGUCGCACUGCGCACAAGAAAUCCAGUAAUGCGUGAGCGCCCGAGUUCAGCCAUCUACCCUUCCGAAAGCCUCCGACAUUCCCUUCUCGGAUCCCGCCGAGGACGCUCCAGCCUCAUGCUGUCCAAAAGUGUCUCCACCAACAACAUCGCAGGAAACCUGAAUGACGACUCGCCUCUGGGGCUACGUCGGAUCCUGUCCCAGUCCACAGACUCCCUCAACUUCAGGAACAGAGCCAUGUCGGUGGAGUCCCUCAAUGAUGACGGAGAUCUCUACUACACUUCCAUCCUGGAGGAGAUGGAGCUGGAGGGCGAGGACUUCAAGGCGGACUCGUGGAGCAUGGCCGUGGACACCGAUUACCUCCACGCACACUGCAAAAACGUCAUCAAGAGGCAGGAUGUCAUUUAUGAGUUGAUCCAGACCGAGGUGCACCACAUGCGGACGCUACGCAUCAUGGAGCGCGUGUUCCGGCAGGGCCUGCUGGAGGAGCUGCAGCUGGACCCGAGCACCGUGCACGCCUUGUUCCCAUGCUUGGACCAGCUGAUCAGCAUACACUCGCACUUCCUGGUGCAACUUCUGCUGCGGCGGAACAGCAGCCUGCAGCCCGAAUCGCACUGCAACUUCACCAUACAUCGCCUGGGGGACAUUCUGCUGGAGCAGUUCUCAGGCCAGAGUGCGGACGACAUGCGGAAGACCUACGCCGAGUUCUGCAGUCGCCACUUGAAGGCGGUCAAGUUGUACAAGUCGCUGAUGGCCAGAGACAAGAGGUUCCAGUGCUUCAUCCGGCGUGUGAGUCGAGGACCGUGGCUGCGCUGCCAUGGUGUCCAAGAAUGCAUGUUGUUGGUGACUCAGCGCAUCUCCAAAUAUCCCGUCCUUAUUCAGCGUAUUUUGGACAACACCGUCGACGAUGAGGAAGAAGCGUCGUCUAUUGCGCACGCUCUGUCCAUGGUCCGAGAUCUCCUCAAUUCAAUAGAUCAACAGAUGGAGGAAAUGGAGAAGUCGCAGCGGAUGCAGGAGAUCCACGCCAAGCUGGACCAGCGGGCCGAGGCCAGGGUGAGGGACGGCGGACUUUUCAGGCCCGCCGAGUUGCUUCGCCGUAGACUCGUCCAUGAAGGGAUGCUGUUUUGGAAAACACCAGGAUCCAGACUCAAAGACGUGCAGGUCCUCCUGAUGACAGACAUCCUGGUGUUUCUGCAGGAGAAAGACCAGAGGUACAUCUUUCCAUGCCUGGACAAGCCUCCCGUGCUUUCCCUGCAGAACCUCAUCGUGAGGGACAUAGCCAACCAAGAGCGAGGCAUGUUCCUCAUUAGCGAUUCGUCCCCUCCGGAGAUGUACGAGGUCCACGCUACCUCCAAAGACAACAAGAACCUGUGGAUACGGCAAAUCCAGCGCACUGUCAGCAAGUGUCCGUCUCGGGAGGAGUUCCCGCUUAUAGAGACCGAGCACAAGGCCCAUCUGAGGAGACUGAAAGCUGACCUCCAUCAGAAGGACCGGGAGAUGUUGGAGCUCCUGCAGGAGAGGGUGACUCUCUUCUGCGAGCUGGCCCAGGUGACAAGUUACCAGGAGGACCUAGAGCCCCCCAUCACGCGGUACUUGUUCCGUGCAGACACACCGCAGGCCCCGCGGGCAGAGAAGUUUCUCCUGGAUUCCACGGCCGAAGUGGACCGACUAAGCGAGCUUCUACUGGGUUCCAGCGUGGACGUCCCUCUGCUGUGCCAUCACAACCACCAUGAACUGACGGAAACCAGUGAGCAGGAUUUUGUUGUCAAUGGAGCGCAUGAGUUCCCUGCUGCAAGGGAGAUCUGUCAGAGGCUGAUGAAUCUCAGUGUUUAUCUCCAUGCACUCCAAGCGGCCGUCAUCAAACAAGACUCUAUCCUGGAGCUGCUGCUGCAACAAGAGGACGCGGCGUCGCCGGCCUCGGCGGGCUCAUGGCGCCAAAACCGCGAAGCCGGCACGGGGUCGACCAUCGGGGAGCUGGCCCUCUUGCAGAGACAGCACAGCCUGCUGCAGGAGGAGCUGCUGAGGCUGCGGGACACCGAGAGCCGCUUCAAGGACAGCGAGAGGGCCCGGGCCAAGCUGGAGAAGCAGGUUCGACACAUGAAAGUGUCUAGCGGGGCUUCCUCGCAGGAUCAGGGGGACGUAACCACACAGCCCAGACCGGAAGAGUUGAGCGGUGCACAUUGGGGCAACCAGGAAGCUCUCCACCAAUCAGAGGCUACUCAGGGAGGAAGCGAUGUGGAGGUGGACAUGACGUCGGAUGAUGAUGAUGAUGAGGAGCCCUCCGAAAGCUCCCGAGGUCAGAUAUUGGACAUUUUAUCAGAUUUCCAAGACAUUCCAGAGGAGAUCUGAUCUUCCGCACCCUUCCCAAACAGGUCAAACUCAAUAACAGAAAGCCAUUAUUACGCCACAAUAUAUUUCUGUUCUCUCUUCCGAUUUUCCGUUUAUUUAUUAGUACUGUAGUGUUACCGGGUAUGUUUGCUGCUUCUCGCUUUCAGGGUUUAAGGCUGAUUGUGAUGUGUCGUUUGCAUGAUUUAUUUCCACUGGACCAAAGGCUUAAAAGGGAACACGUGAAUAAUAACACUUACUACGGCUGUACUUCUGAUCAAUAACACUUUUUUAAUCAUGCAUAUUGUAAAUGUUUCCUUUCCAUAUAUUUACUACUGCAUUUGAGCACCAAAAAGCAGGAAGCAAAAAAAUAAAAAAUAACAUGAUGUAUUUUAAAAGCGGCUAUAAGCGACGAUUAUAAGCUCGUUUUUAUGAAGCCAACACCUAUAGUGUUGCACUUUCUCGCACAUAAACAAAAGGUCUGGCUAGUGCAUCAAUAACUCUCAAAUAGUCUAUCAGAAGUGUAUUUUUUGGUUGUUCUGCAUGUUUAUGAACAUAUUUUACCUUCAUUUUAGUGCAAUAGACACCUUUUUUUUUAGCUUUGUUGUGUAUUUAUCUUGUUUCCAGACACUUGACAAUCUUAUCGAUCAAGGACUUUUCUGAUAUGAAUGUAUUUUCUGCUCUUGUUUUUCAAAAAGUUGCAAGGUAAAGUUUAUGGAUGCAAAUAAAUGGUGUAAGAAGACUGUAUUACAAUAUAUGGGAGGAGUAUGCUUACUUUUUGUCAUAUGGA